GCACGUUCAAUUUUUUCCUUUUCAUGUUUCUCAUUUUCUUUAUUUUCCUCAUUCUAUGUCUAAAGUAAGAAGGCUUGGUCGGGUUCAUGGUGGCACAAAAAAAUAUUUGCCGGUUGGAGCGCUCGUCUUUGGUGUUAUUACAACUGUCUAGUUUCUUGACAAAGGGACGGGUGGUGAGGGAAGGGGAGGUGGUCUCUUUUUUCUUGUUUUUUUUUUUUUCCUUUUUUCAUAGUUUUCCCCUUUUCCUUGUUUGCAAAAUUUCCUAUUUUUUGUUGCGCCGAAUUUCAGCGAUUCGUGGUCGGUAGUUUGCGGGUUUUUUCCUAUCUUUUGGCUGUUUAUUCAUCGUUGAGAUUCUGGCACAGCUCAAGUUAUUCCUGUUU